AUGUAAAUCAUUACAAAUUCGAAUCAUGGGUAAUUUGAUCCUAAUCCUCAUUCAAUACAAUCUAUGAAUGUUUAUGAAAUUAAUUAUGAUUUGAAUAGGAUUCUAGAAUUAGAAUAGACAGAUGUUAUACUUAACAUUAAUGAUAGAGAUCAUUAAUCAGAUAUUAAUGAGUUACAUAGCAGUAUUAUACAAAAUAUGAAUAGGUAUAAUGCCGAGAUGGAUGCCUAUUCUUUUAGAAUUGGAAAUAGAAAUAAAAGCAAUACUUCUCAAUAAAGGUAAUAUUCAUCCUGAUUUCAAUACAUAUUUUAACAAAAGAGUAUUACCAAUAAUGGAUAGUUUUUUAAAUAAAUUAUUUACAGAUCAAAGAUAAUUAAAAGUAUAAUGUUACUUCAAUGAAAUUCUAUUAAUGAUUUAAAGAUUAGCAUUAAAUAUUUGGAAACAAUAUCCAACAAUAAGUCUAGCAAUAUUUAAGAGAAUCUUUGUUUAUCCUGAAGUCAAAUUUUUUGAUUCUCAUUUUAAUGAAAGUUAAUUCAAAUAAGCAUUAUCAAAUUAUUAUUUAGAACGUCAUAUGGCACAUGUUUAAAAUGAGCAUAAUAUUGUAUAAGGAAAUGAUUUAGAUUAUUCUUAUUAAAGUUAUUAUCCAUUAUAAGAUGAAAUCUUAGAAGAUUUUCAUAAAAAUAAAUCUAGUAUUCAUUUAUCACCAUUAUUGAGAAUUUAAAUGCAUUAUUUUUAUAAAAAUGGAGGAUUUUCCUUAUUAAUUGAUGGAAUAAAUAAUUUUUAAAUGUUAUAUUUAGAUAUUUUAGAUUUAUUCAAUUAUUUUAGUAAUUUUGUUGAUAAAUAGAAAUUUAUUAAUUAUUUUUAAGGACUUAAAGAUUAAUUAAAAUUAUUAUAUUUAAAAAUUAAUGAAGAAGAUAUAAAAUUAUCUACUAAGGAAUAAGUUAAAAAAUUAAAUGAAACACUUGAAAAAGCAUUGUUUCCAUUUUAUACAAUAAGAGAAACAAAAGAAAUUAUUGGAUAAACAGAAUUAAACAUAUAUUUACAUUAUUUUAGAUGUCAUACAUUUGAAAAGCGUAUUUUUGGUAAAUUAUUAUUUUUUUAUAUAAUAGGAUUAUAAUAGAUUUGUGAAAAGAUAACUCCAUUAAAUUUUAUGGAUUGUAAUAUGAAUUAUGAAGUAGGUCAAAUGAAUGAUGAUAAUAUAAUGAAGGAUAUUUUAAUUAAUUUUUUAGUUAAGAAUAAAAUAUUUUAAGAAUUAUUUGGAGAAAAAGCUCAUUUUGAAUUAAUUAAACGUUCAAAUCCAAUAAUUCGUUUUUUAUAUAGAAAUAAUUAACUUUAAACAAGUGAUAUAAUUUAAAUUUUGAAGAUGGGAAAAGGUAAACAUGAAAGUUGGAGUAAUUUCUUAUUUAAAAUAUUGAAUGAUAUAGCUGAAAUAAUGUCUGAAUCUGAUAUGGAGGCUGUUUUAUAAGAGAUAUAAGAAUAGAAAGUAGAUUCUAAUAUUUUAAAUUUUAUUAAAUGUUUAGGUAGAAAUCAAAAUUUUGAUAAGAAAUACUUUUAAUAAAAGAAAGAAACUAAAGAUAAUAUUUUAACAGAAUUAGAGAUUGAAUAAGAAUCAAUUUAGAAUUCAACUAAAAAUUCAGAGAAACUUACUAUAAAAGUUUAUAAUGAAGAUUAAUAAUAAUCAGAGAAUUAAUAUUUAAUAAAUAGAAAUUAAGAUAGAAAAUUAUAAUAGUAAUAAUAAUAAUAAGAAAUUAAGAAGAGAAACAUUUAGAAUGAUGAUAGUAUAGAUACAAAUUAUGAAGAAGGAGAAGGUAUUAGAGGAAGAAUAGUAGAGUAUCUUUUAAAUAUAACAAAUUAAAAUUCUAAUGUUGAUAUUGAAUAAUAAGCAUUUAAAAUAGCAUUAGAUUUAAUUUGUAUGUAAUUUAGAUUUUUAAGAAUGAAAUAUUUAAAUUAAGCAUUUUAAAAAUUAUUUGAAAAUGAUACAUAAACUGAAAAUCAUAUUUAAAUGAUAUCAAAAAUUGUAGUAUCAUAAUAUCCAAUAGAUAAUUAUAAUUCAUAAUCUGAAUUAAUAAAAUAUUUGGAAUAGAAAUAUAAUUUUAAAAUGUCUUUAUUAGCAGUUAUUGCAAAAUCUAAAAAGAGAGCAUAUGAAUAAAAUAAAGAUCAUUAUACUGAAGUAAUUGAUUAAUUGUUAAAAUUUUAUUAAUUCUUAUAUUUGUUGACUGAUAAUAAAAUUGAAGCACAUCAUUUAAGAAUUAUUUGGUAAGUAUUGGUGAAUAAUGCUUUUAGUGUAAAAGAAUAUGAUUUAUUUUUUAAAUGGAUUUUUAAUUCUAAUAAAAAUAUAAUAUCAUUAGAUGCUUUAUAAAUGUUAUUUUUUGAUUAUUUAAUCAAAAUAGAUUACAAUUCAUAUACUGUACCAAUUUUUUCAUGUUUAUAGAAUUUAAUUAUGUAUUUCAAUAUAUAAUACAAAAUAUUAAAGACAGAUGUUAUGGAUUCCUAUAUAAUAUAAGAUUCUGAUAUAGUAGGUUUAGAAAUAUUAUGGAAAGUGUUUUUUGAAUGUAAUAAUAAGGAAAUAGUUUAAAAGGCUUAAUAGUUUUUACUUUAAAUAACUAGUUUUAAAUCAAUAAAUUAAUAAAUAAUGAAUAAAUUAAAAUAAAAUUAUAUUGAACAUAUAUUUGAUAAUGUUUAAUAAAACACAACAGAAAAAUGUUUAGAUUUAUGUAUUAAAUUAUUAGAAGAAGUGGAAGGAAUGAAAUAUUUAAAAUAAGAUAGUUUUGAAAAGGGUGAAUCAAGUGGUUAAAACAUGUUAAUUAUUAUUGAUAAUAGAUGUAAAAAUGCUUAACAUCCAAAAAGAUAAGAAAUAUCUGUACCUGAAAAUAUGAAAAUAAUACUUGUAAAAUAGAUUAUUGGAUAAAAGAUUAAUCCAUAAGUAAAAAGGAAUGAAAUUGAUGUAGUAUAUAGAGGAACAUGGCUUGAUAAUUAAAAGAGUUUGAAAGAUUAUAAAUUUGAUAAGAAACCUACUUUUCAAAUUUUGAUGAGACUUUAAUAAGAUGAAAAUUAAAAAAUUGAAGAUUCAAAACCAUUAGCUAUAUGUUAAGGGGAUAUUGAUGAUUUAAAAGAUGCUUUUAAUCCUUAAAAAUUUAGUAAAGUUGUUCCUCUUUCAAUAAAUGAACCAAUACCUUUAGGAAUGCCAAUUUAUAAAUAAUUAAAUAAUGAUUAAUAAGAAAAGAUUUAAAAAGUUAUGAGUAUAACUGAUGAAUUUAAUUAAGAAUUUGUAGAAUAUUUAUUAAAUGAAAAUAAUUGGAAUUUAGAAAUUUCUAUACUUGAAUUGAUUGAAAAUAGAGAAUUCCAUUUAUAAAAAUUUGAAGAAAAACAAAUUAGAUAAGUUAGUCCUCUAUAGGAUAAAUCUAAUAAAUAAUAACAAACUUAAUUUAUAGACAAUUAAAUAUCUAAUCCUUAAUAACCAUAAUAUUAAUUUUAGAAAGUUGUUUAGAAUGAAAAUAAUUUUUAAUUGGUUUAAAAAUUUAGUGUUGCAACUUUCAUUUCAGAAAAUAAUAAUUAUAUUUAAAAAUUAUUUGAUAUUUUAAAUUUAAAUGAUGAAAAUUUGAAUUCAAAAGUUUGGUAGAUUUUAUCUAUGAUUCCUAGAAAUAGAGAGACAUAUGAAUUGAUUGAUAAAUGUUAAUAAACAUCAGAAUGGGAAAAUCUAUUAGAUUAACAAAAUAAAUAUAAAUUAUAUUAUAAUCUAUAAAUAUUAAAAGAAUUAUUAGAUUGUGAUUUUAUAGAUGAUUAAGAUGAAUUAAGAAAACGAAAAUAAUGUAGAGAGAAUUUUUUAAUGUAAGGUGGAUUAAUUUAAAUAUAAUAAUUAUUCUUUAUGCCUAAUAUUGAUUCAAAUACUAUUUAAUUAGCAUUAGAAAUAUUUCUUAUUUAUUUUACAGCAUAUGUAUUAUCAAAAAUAGAGAGAAAUGAUGAAUUUUGUAGUAGAAUAAUCAAUUUAAAAGAAACUGUUAGAAAUCAAUUUAAAUAAUUUGAAGAUAGAUUACCUUCAAGUUUCUUUUUUAAUGAAAUUAAUGACUCUGAUAAAUCAAAAUAAAAGUCUGAAACAGCAUCAAAUUCUUAAUCAAGUGGAGUAUCUACUCCUAAAUUUAAUAAUGCCUCAAUUACUCCUCCUUUAACUCCACCUGUUGAAGAACAUUCAAUACCAAUAUCAAAAUAAUAAUUAUAGGUUUAAGAUAAUUUUGAUGAAAGACAAAUGUUAAUUCUUUAAUUUAAGGAAAAUUAACUUUUUUAAGGAUUUUUAGAUUUUUCUCAUGAAGAUCUGUUAAAAUCUUUGAUUAAUAAAAUUGAUUUAGGAUUUGAAUAAAUUUUCUAAGCAAUUUUAUUAAUUUUAUAUUAAAAUUCAAGUCUUGUACAAACUAUUUAUGAAAUUGAAAGUUUUCCCUCUUAAGUUAUAUAAGUUUUGACAUAAUCUUAAUCUUAAGAAUGUAGAAGGAUUUUAACAUAUUCAUUAAUUUAAAUUUGUAAAAUACCUUCUUAAAAUACAUAAAAUGAUUUUGGUUUCUAUUUAUUAAAAGAAUUAAUUCCUCAAAUAGUAAAUCCAAAUACUUAAUUUGAAGAUAUAUUCAUAUUGACAGCAGUUGUUCUUAAAAGAACUAAUUAUGAGAUGCUUACAUAAAAUUUUGACUUUUAAGAUUUAUCAUAAUAAAUAAUAUAGAAGAUUAUUGAUAGACCUAUAAUAGAAGAAAGAUUUGAAGAUAAUGAAGAUAAAGUAGUUUAAGGAUAUUUAAUACUUUUGACAGCUAUAAUAGAAAUAUGUCCUUAAACAAAGGAAGCAUUAUCAAAAUAAUUAAUUAGAUAAGUUUAUGAAUUUUUAUUUCAUUUAAAUGAUGAUUAUGCUAAAUAUCCAAAAUUUAAAAGAAAAUUAACAAGAAAGAGAACUUUUCAUUUAUUAAUUGAGGCAAGUAAAAAUUGUGAAUAAAAUUUCUUACUUUUAUUAGAUCCUAUAUCUAAUACUCAUGGAAGAAUUGAAUAACCAGAUUAAGAUUUUGAUACUGGUGUUAAAGGACAUUAUGGAUUUGUUGGACUAAAGAAUUUAGGUGCUACAUGUUAUAUUAAUUCAUUAUUAUAAUAAUUUUUUAUGAAUAAAGCAUUUAGACAUGGAAUUUUGAAUAGUUAGAUAUCACUAACAGAAAAUAAUGAAACAAUUAUUUAUGAUGAUGUUGAUUAAAUAAAAUCUGAAUCUGCAAAAAUUAAAUUAUAAGAUAAUACUUUAUAUUAAUUAUAAUUAGUAUUUAUACAAUUAUAGGAUAGUGUAAGAUCAUUUAUAAAUCCCAUUUAAUUUAUAAAGACUUUAUAAGGUUAUGAUGGUUUACCUAUAAAUUGUUCAGUCUAAUAAGAUGUUAAUGAAUUUUUCAAUUUAUUAACUGAUAAAUUAGAGAAAGAUUAAAAAGGUACUUAAUAAUAAGAUUUAAUACAUUAAAUAAUGGGUGGUAUAUUAGGACAUGAAAUUAGAUCAUUAGAAUAAGAUGUAGAAUUUUAAAGAGAAACAGAUGAAGUUUUCUUAACUGUAACAAUAGAAAUAAAAAAUAAGAAAAAUUUAGAAGAAGCAUUAGAUUUAUUUAUAAAAGCAGAUGUAUUAGAUGGAGAAAAUAAAUAUUUUUGUGAAGCAAUUAAUAGAAGAAUAGAUGUUGAAAAGAGAUGUUAUUUUAAAAAAUUACCUAAUACUUUUAUUUUUACUCUUAAAAGAUUUGAAUUUGAUUACAAUAGAAUGUUAAAAUUAAAAGUAAAUGAUUAUUUUGAAUUUCCAUCUGAAAUAAAUAUGUUUAAAUGGACAAAAGAUCAUUUAAUUAAUAAUCUAUAAUUAGAUGAUUAUACAGAUUAUAUAUAUAAAUUAGUAGGAGUUUUAAUUCAUACUGGAAGUGCAGAUAGUGGACAUUAUUAUUCAUUUAUUAAUUCUUAAGAGAAUAAAUGGUUUGAAUUUGAUGAUAGAUUUGUAAGUCCAUUUAAAUUUGAAAAUUUAAAAUAAGAAUGUUUUGGUGGUAAUAAUUAAUAAAAUGAUUAUUAUAAUAAUUUUGAUUGGGAUUCAAAUAAAUCAAAAAAUGCUUAUUUAUUAUUUUAUGAGAAAAUUGAUAAAUAAGAUAUUCAAAUUAAGGGUACAAAUGAAAAAUGUUUAUAAAAUAAGAUUAUCUAAGAGAAUAUAGUAUAUCUUAAGAAUUAAUUAUUUUAUUCAUCAGAUUAUUAAGCAUUUGUAAGAGAAUUUGUAUGUUAAUUUAAUUUUGAAGAUCAUUAAGAAUAAUAAUAGGAAUCCUAGAAUAUUUAAUAAAAAUCUGAUGAAUAGAGUAUAAUCAAUAUAUAAGAAUCUCCAUCAUUAAAAGUGGUUAAAUUAUUUACUUUAUUUUCUUUAGAAUCAUUAAUGAAGAAUAAAGAUUAAUCAGAAUUUGUUAAUUCAAUUCAUGUCUUAUGUGCUUUAUAUGAAAAAGUAACAUCAGCAUCAUUUUGGUUUUUGACUCAUUUGUAAACAAAUCUUAAUUUACUUAUAAAUACAAUAAUUGAAUCAACUUAAUAGGAAAUUAAACAUGCAUUUAGUAAAUUAUUAAUCCAAUCAAUUUAAUGUGUUGUUAAUUAUGAAGAAGAAUAAUAGAAACAUUAAUUUUAAACAUAAAAUUCAACUAUAACAUAAUUUUUAUCAUUUUUUAUUGAUAAUUUAUUGCCAAUAUGUAAAAAAUCAAUGAGAAGAGCUUCAGAAUUCUUUUAAAUUCUAAAAUUUUCAGUUUCUACAUCAUCAUUUAUUAUUGAUUAUCUAUAAAAGAAAGGAUAUAUAUAAAAGAUAUAUAAAUUAUAUAAGGAAACAAUUCAUGAAAAUUAAUUUCAUGGAAAUUGUAUGAAUAUAAGUAAAUUGAAUGAUAAAGGAUUGGAAGGUACUUGUUCAGUAAUGUGUGAAUUGAUUUGUAAAUCUAUUUUAGGUUCAUUUACUGAUGGAAUGAAAUUAACUAAUGAAAAAACACCAACAUAUUUAUUUUAACAUUAUAAUCAAUUUGUUAAUAUAGAUAAUAAGUUACUUACAGAUAUAAGAGAUUAAGGAGAUUAUAAAACUAUAUUUGCUCCUAUGGUUUAAUUAAAUCCAAUAGUUGUAGAUAUGACUAAGCAUCUUUGUUUUGAUGAUAUCUAAACAAGUGAAAUUAUAAUUGAAUAAUUAAUUUAAAUUCUUUUGGAUUAGAAUAUGGCUUGGCAUUAGAUUGAUCCAAUAUUUCAUAUAAUAGAAAGCAUACUUAAAAUAUAAGAUGCAUAUGGAGAUAUGAGAUUCUAAGUAUAAUUAAAUCAUUUAUAUUUUAGGCUUUAAUAGAAACAUAAACAAAGUUAGCAUUAUUUUCAAAAGGUAAAUCUAUUUUAGAUGCAAUUAAUAAUCAAUUUUUAAGUGAUAAAAACUUUUCAUAUUGUUUGGCCUCUUGGAUAGCUGAAAUAACACAUAAUUUUAAAGUUGCUUAGAAUUAUUUUAGUUCUAAUAAAUUUUAGAUUGAAAACAUUCUUGGAAAAUUAAAAAGAUAUAAGGAAUACUAAUUUUAUUUGAAUUUUCCUAUUCCUAAAAUAACAAAGGCUAUUGAUUAAGUAAUUAUAAAUUAUCACUAUUUUUUUUAGUUAAAUAUGCUUUUUAAUAAAUCAGAAAGUUAAAAUAUUGAUGAACCAAUUCUUUAGCUUUAGAAACCAUAAUAGAAAAUUGAAGAUAAAAAUUGUUAAUUAGAAACCAAUUACAAAGAUAAUAUUGAUUCUGUGUGUGAUUAAGGUAUGAUUUUAGAUGUUGGAAUAAUUGAUCCUUAGAAUAAUAAUGAAGAUUUACCUUAUUAAUGA